AUGACCCAAACACACCAUCCAGUCGAAGCGGAUCAACAACGACAGUCCUUCAUUUCAGCAUCCCGCCUCGCAAAUACUGCGUUUCAAGCCGUUGGCCCUGUUUCGCCGGCGCACUCACGCCAGCUUGGACGUGGGCGUGGACACAACAUACUGCGACGGCGGGGGCCGCAUCGGGGAAAGUUUUUAGCUGGAGCAGUGGCAUCCAUUGUUUCCCUUGUGACGGUUUUGGCUUUGUUGGCAUUGUGUCGGAGCAGCCAACGAAGAUUCGAUUCCCGAGCAGCAGCGCGACGCAGACUUUCAGAUACGGACGAUGAAAGCGAGCGUUCCAAUAUUCUAGAGCAAUGUCUGGAUUUGGAAGAGGAACUUGGCCGUCGGCCUACUGCUCCAGAACAUGCUGAUGACGCACGGGAAGCAAAGGAUAGGCUCGCCGCCAUGCUGUAUGAGUCUUCGGCAGCAUUUGAAGGGAGGAGGGUGCAUGCUUCACGCGGCCUGCGAGGUGAAGUUAAGUUCCCUCCAUAUAAGGUUCCCCGGCUUAGUGAGCAAUGGGCAUCUCCGCAAUACCCGCAAUUUCCUGUUGGCGCAUUUUGGCCACACUCUACUGAAGGGGCAAUGGGCAGUGCUGCGGACACUUUAGAUGCAGGUGCGUGGGAUCCGGUAUAUUCUGAGCUAGUGUUUGGCGGAUACGGGGAGCAACAGCAUCUUUCACAGCUGGACGAAGUGCCAGGGCUUCAACAGGAAGCCUCGGGUUUCACCACACGUCCACCAGGCGCAGCUGCUGGGCUGAUCCCCUCUUCUUCUGUUGGCGGGGCACACAGGCGUGAAGCCGCUCUGACUCCGGAGGGCUGGCUCGAUGAGCCUUUAGCAAACAUGUAUCCGCAAGCCCCCCAACAGCUCGCAGUGGGCACUGGAUGGAGAAAUCGAAUGCGGGAAACAGUUUCGACAGCUACCAUCGAUGCAGGUUAUGUAGGAACGUCCAGUGAAGGUGCAGGUAGAAUCGGCGCUAGGGUUGCAGGUACAGCCGCUGGCAAGGGUAGGGCGGUGCCUUCCGUUCGGGGGAAAGCAGUGCAACCGCAUAAACACCGGACACAAACUGUUGCUGUUAAUUUGGAUGCAGUAAAGGGGUCUGCGUCUGCUCCGGCUGUGCGGGCAACAAGUCGUGGAGGCACAGGACAAGCUGAGGCACCAGACCUUCGUCAGCAUCCUUUUUUUCGGCUGCCAGUGGUAAAUCCGAAGGACAUCCACAGAACCUUUCGGAAGGAGUAUGCCCUUUCAAUGUAUUAUGGUAGGUCUACUCCGAUGGAGUCGUACAUGACAAUGCGCAAUUUAUUUGCCAAGGCUUCGCUGACGGCAGAAGACGUGGAGCUACUCAUGACGGAAGCCGAACUAUUGGCAAACUAUGCAGCAGACAGACUGGGCAGGGAAUGCAGAAGAUGCACCGCCAACUACCUGGUCCUUAAACUGUCGUCUCUGUUUAUGGCAUUUGACUACCUUGUAUGCACAAUUGAGAUCCUGGGGAGCAAGAUGAAUACCGGCACCUGGUGGAAAGAAUUCACGCAGAAAUUCCGCACGGAAUAUCUGCUUCCUGAAUCAGCACGGACACAAAGAGGAAAUACGCUGCACAAGCUGGUUAAUCGACUCAGUUCUGCACUGGCAAUAUAUAGGCAACAAAGGCGCCCGGCAGUCGAGGAAGUAGUUGAUCUGAAGAGGAUCAUUCUUACCAAUCCGUACAAAGGCAGCCAAUUUGCUAACCCUCUCUGGCAGCUGUGGAUACUUGACGAUGCGGACUUCUUUGGCUCUAACGACGAUUUGAAAAGUUCCUCUGAUGGCAGCUGUGGAUACUUGACGAUGCGGACUUCUUUGGCUCUAACGACGAUUUGA